AUGGAGACGGACGGUAACAAUGAUGAUAGCCUAUAUCCAAUCGCAGUCUUGAUUGACGAACUCAAGCAUGAUGAUGUUGCAUUGAGGUUGAAUGCCAUUCGACGAUUAUCGACCAUCGCAUUGGCAUUGGGACCAGACAGAACUCGUGAUGAACUGAUUCCCUUCUUGGAUGAAUCUAUUGAUGAUGAAGAUGAAGUACUACAAGCUCUAGCUGAAGAACUAGGCAGCUUUGUUGACUAUGUUGGGGGACCGCCAUUUGGCCAUAUGCUCUUGACCCCAUUGGAAACUCUGGCUGCUGUAGAAGAAACUGUUGUCAGAGACAAGGCUGUCGAUUCCAUUGGCAAAAUUGUUGUCGUGUUGAGUCAAGCACAAGUCGAAGAACACUACCUCCCCAUGCUGAAACGAUUGACUGUUGGUGACUGGUUUACGAGUCGUACCAGUGCAUGUGGAUUGUAUGCUCCAGUCUAUCCAUUGGCUAGUCAUGCAAGUCAAGAUGAAUUACGAAGAUUAUUUGCGCAAUUGGGACAUGACGAUACCCCAAUGGUCCGACGUGCUGCUGCUACCCAUCUCGCAAAACUUACCAAAAAAGUAUCAAAGGAGCAUGUAAUGAGUGAGAUGUUGCCUCUCUUCAAUACUUUAGCUCAAGACGAACAGGACUCUGUCCGACUAUUGACAGUGGAAGCAUUGAUUGCUAUUGCUGAAGUGUUUACACACGAAGAGAGCAAGACCCAUCUUUUACAAACUCUACGAAAUCUGUCAUCAGACAAGUCGUGGAGAGUUCGUUACAUGGUUGCUGACAAGCUUGUCCCGUUGAGCAAAGCCGUUGGCAUGGACAUUGUUCGUGAAGAAUUAAUUGGUGCCUAUGUUCACUUGCUCAAGGAUAAUGAAGCUGAAGUCAGAACAGCCGCCGCGACGCAAGUUCCAGGAUUCUGUGCAAUGAUUGAUUUGGAGUCAAUCUUGAAGGAAGUUAUGCCAUGUGUUAAAGAUCUUGUAACCGAUGCUUCUCAACAUGUCCGUGGUUCGUUGGCCACCCAAAUCAGUGGACUGGCUCCCCUUCUUGGCAAAGACAACACCAUCGAACACCUCCUGCCAUUAUUCUUGCAACUUCUUAAAGACGAAGCUUCUGAAGUGCGAUUAAAUAUUAUUUCCAAGUUGGACCGUGUCAAUGAAGUUAUCGGCAUUGAACUCCUAUCCCAAUCCUUGUUACCGGCUAUUGUCGAAUUGGCUGAAGACAAGCAAUGGCGUGUACGAUUGGCCAUCAUCGAAAACACUCCUCUCCUUGCCAGUCAAUUGGGUGUUGCAUUCUUUGAUGAAAAACUGGGCAAUCUCUGCAUGUCAUGGUUGGGCGAUUGUGUCUUUUCCAUUCGUGAAGCCGCCACCACCAAUCUUCGAAAAUUAACUGAAGUCUUUGGAGUUGAAUGGGCCAAGGCUACCAUCAUUCCGAAGGUUUUGGCUAUGGCACAACACGCCAACUACUUGUACAGAAUGACGACGAUCUUUGCGUUAACGACUUUGUCUGGAGCAGUCACUCCUGAAGUAUUACGUGAAUCUAUUAUUCCCACUGUAUCUACUUUGGCCAGUGAUCCCAUCCCCAACAUUCGCUUCAAUGUUGCCAAAUCAUUCGAGGUCUUGUUGCCACUUGUAAAGAAGGACGCAGGACUCAUGGCUGCUUGUGGUGAACAGAUCCACGCUAGCUUACGUAAAUUGGCAGAGGACUCGGAUGGAGAUGUGCGGUAUUUUGCUCAGAAGGCAUUGUCUAUUGCAUAG